AUGAUUUCCGCUUCGAAGCAAGCGCGAUUUGCCGGCCGCUUCCUAGCCAAACGGAAAUCCCUGUUUUUCACUCCUGCAGCGGAAAUGGGCAACCUAUUCGAUGAAAGCGAGGCACUACGGAGAGAUGCAGAAGCGGCUGAAAAAGUACCAGACAGACCAGUGUUUCCCUUGGAAGAGAGAAUAUUCAGAGAGAUUAUCAAACCCGAAGACGCAUGUAACCCUUUUUUCCGCCCAACGUCCACAGAUAUGAUUGUGACUGCGUUAGCAAAAGAAUGUCCAAUCUCAGGAAGACCAGACUAUCAGAUGGUCUCUAGAAGUCUGAUAUCUGGAUCUAAAAUGGGGUUCGCUAACACCGCGAUAAGUUGGAUGGAGAGUAAGGCGUUCAAUGUUGCCGAGCUCAAGCUUAUGGCUGAUGCUUCUGAACAGUUUCGUUAUUCUGAGACCAAACGUCAAGAAAAGCUAGAUAAAUUGUAUACUAGCGACGUGUGGGCAACUGAGCCCUUGCAAGUCAAGCUUUUGGAUGGCACCGUGAAACAAAUGACUGCUUUGGAAGCAUUUUACAGAACGUCCAGUUUGCAAGCCGUAAAUCAUGAAAACGUAUCUGCAUUUCUACUUACGAAAGCUGAAACGGACUCUCAACUCAAAAUGUUGUUUGAAAGUUUCAAAAAUGCUGGUUCUGUGCUCACACUGCUGCCCUAUUUUGCAUCCAAGGUGGUUGAGAAGAUUUACAGCUCUCCUUCUGCUGAGAACAUUCAAUUAUUCGGCGAUUACUUAAGAGAUAGGGAAACAAACUCUAUCGCAGACUCGCAAGCGCUAUUGCUAGAGUUGGAGACCGUCACAAUCGACAAAAUCAUAUACCUAGCGUCAAUCCUGGCCCAAUCUACAUCAGAAAUGACCAUAGCCAAAGAGGCUCUUAUAAUAUUGAUGGAAAAACUCAAGACAGCUCCUCUGGCAGAAUCAUAUAAUGCAUUUCUAGGAAGCUUGUUUCAGCUUGCAGAUGCCGAGAACCUCACAAGAGAAAGCCUUCUUCAUCAACUAAUGCCUGUUAAAGACGCUCUACAUGUUGUUUAUCUAGAACCUGAAACAAUCUCCUCAAUUUUGAAGAAGCUCAUUACGAAUACCUUUGAUUUGACCCAUUUUCUUCAGAUCAUCAGCAAAACCUCGCCUACAUUUUUCAAAACCCACCUGAACCUUGUGAUCUCCCGAUUGAUCCAGCUUCAAAAAGAUGAAAAUUCCUCCAGCAUUGUUAGCCAGGUACAAAUCGCACAGACAGCAAGAUUAAUGAUGCAAAGUGGACUCCAGAAGACAAGUUGCGAGCAAAUAAUCAAGUCAGCCUCGAAAUAA